UUAUUUUACCGAUCCCGCAUUUUAUUAUUUAUUUAUUCUUCCACUGACCUUCAGGCAGUGUAGAAAGCAUUUACGGUAUUUACAAUGGCAGGCGCCACCUUUAAAGAGCACGGAAGCCGAAAACUGCCACUUUCAUCCGGCGGUUUGUGUCAGGAUGGGGAGGGAAGGGAAGGUGAGGGAGGGCCGAACCCACCAACAUCAGCCUCCACUUGGCACUAAAGUUGCCAUAAAAGGGUCAAUAGCUCACCGACAAGGUGGAUUAUCAUCAGCAGUGUAAGUACGGACACUCUCGCACUCUUCACCUUGUGCUGUGUCAACUGAUGCCAAUUGAGUUGCUGUGGAUGCUCUCGUAGGUGCUGUAAAUCUGUGAGAAACUGUCAAAGUCGGCAUGCUGCUCCAGAGGCUGCGUUCCAGGAUUCAGCUGGGCCCCCACAACCACUGUUGGAGGAUCACCAGGACGCUCUCACAAGGUCCCUGGAGAAGCGGCCCCUUUGCCCACCGCAGCGAGCUCCGUCACGCCAAGAGGAUCAUGGUGAAGCUGGGCAGCGCCGUGGUCACCCGAGGCGAUGAGUGCGGCCUGGCCCUGGGCCGGCUGGCGUCGAUCGUGGAGCAGGUGGCGGUGCUGCAGAACCAGGGCCGAGAGAUGAUGAUCGUCACCAGCGGGGCUGUGGCCUUUGGCAAGCAGAGGCUGCGGCACGAGAUCCUGCUGUCCCAGAGUGUCCGGCAGGCACUGCACUCGGGACACAGUCAGCUCAAAGACACGUCGUUGCCCGUGUUGGAGGCCCGGGCGUGUGCGGCCGCCGGCCAGAGUGGCCUGAUGGCGCUGUACGAGGCCAUGUUCUCACAAUACAGCACCUGUACCGCACAAGUUCUGGUGACCAACCUGGAUUUCUGUGACGACCAAAAGCGCCGGAACCUGAACAGCACUCUGCGGGAGCUGCUGCGCAUGAACAUCGUGCCCAUCGUCAACACCAAUGACGCAGUGGUGGCCCCGCCGGAGCCCGACAGCGACCUGCAGGGGGUGAUUAGCAUUAAGGACAACGACAGCUUGGCGGCGCGGCUCGCUGUGGAAAUGGAUGCUGACCUCCUCAUCGUGCUGUCCGACGUGGAAGGACUGUACAACUGUUGCCCUGGAACCGACGACGCCAAGCUUAUCGAUAUCUUCUAUCCUGGAGACCAGCAGUCCAUCACUUAUGGGAUGAAGUCCAGAGUCGGAAUUGGGGGCAUGGAGGCCAAAGUCCACUCAUCCAUCUGGGCACUACAAAGGGGCACCUCGGUAGUCAUAGCCAGCGGCACGCAUCCCAAAGUUACGGGCCACGUCAUUGCCGACAUUGUGGAGGGCAAAAAAGUGGGCACGUUCUUCUCGGAGACCAAGCCGGCCGGCAUGACUGUUGAGCAGCAAACAGAAGUGGCACAUACCGUCUGGAGAAAACUGGCAUCACUGAGUCCGAAGCAGAGGAGCGAUAUCAUCGGCCACCUUGCAAAUCUUUUGAUUGACAGGAAAGACGACAUCCUGUCCGCCAACAAGAUGGACGUGGAUCUGGCCGUCAGCCAGGGUCAGCUGUCGGCUGCCCUGCUGGCGCGUCUGAUCCUGACUCCUUCCAAACUGGACAACCUGGCCGUCGGUCUCCGCCAGAUUGCCUUGGCAGCCCUGGACUGCGUGGGCCGCGUCCUGCGCAGGACCAAGUUGGCCCACAAACUGGAACUGGAACAGAUCACCGUGCCCAUUGGGGUCCUUCUGGUUGCCUUCGACGAACGCCCAGACUGCCUGCCGCAGAUGUCCGCUUUGGCUAUCGCCAGCGGCAACGCUAGUCUGCUGAAGUGCGGCAAAGAGAUGGCCAACACCAACCGCGUCCUCCACCAGCUCACCCAGGAAGCCCUCGCCCUGCAUGACGUCACGCAGGCCGUGCAAAUGGUGAGCACCUGUGAAGAGGUUUGGGACCUCUGCCAACUGGACAAAAUGAUCGACCUGAUUGUCCCUCGCGGCUCAGCCGAGCUGCUGCGAGAUAUCCGGCGGGCCAGCAGCGGCAUCCCAGUGCUGGGCCAUAGCGAGGGAAUCUGCCACGUCUACGUGGACGCCCAAGCCAGUGCCGACAAAGCCCUCAAAAUUGUCCGAGAUUCCAAAUGCGACGACCCGGCAGCGUGCAACUCCAUGGAAACGCUGCUGAUCCAUCAGGAUGUCCUCGGGAUGCCACUCUUCAAUCAGAUGAUUGACAUGCUGCGCGCAGAACGAGUGAAGAUCUAUGGCGGCCCCCGCUUCGCCUCCUACCUAACGUUCGGCCCUAUGGAGGCACGCUCGAUGCGCACUGAGUAUGGCGACCUCGAGUGCUGCAUCGAGUUGGUGGACAGCGCGCAGGCGGCCGUGGAACACAUCCGCAAGUACGGCAGCUCCCACACGGACGUCAUCGUCACGGAAAACGCGGGCACAGCAGAGUGGUUCCUGCAGCAGCUGGACAGCGCCUGCGUCUUCUGGAACGCGAGCUCCCGUUUUGCCGACGGCUACCGCUUUGGACUGGGAGCAGAGGUGGGCAUCAGCACGGCGCGCAUCCACGCCCGCGGCCCCAUGGGCCUGGAGGGGCUGCUCACCACCAAGUGGGUCCUCCGGGGGGAAGGCCACGUGGCCGCCGAUUUUAAUGAGUCGGGCACCAUGAAGUUUCUCCACGAGGAUCUGCGGGCGGGCCCAGCUGAGGAACGGCAACAGCUGAGUUGAAGAAACCUUUUCAUUCAGUGUGAAGUCGCCAUUUGGGACAGGAUGCGCCAGCGAAUUAGAGCAGCAUGAAGACGAGAACCGGACAAAAGCAGUUUGGGUGGUUUGGAGGGUGGAAGAGGAGCCCGAUGAAUUGAAAGAGCGUGCGGAGGUGACAAAACGCAUGGCAAUUGAAUUAACGAGGGGCACCUGCAAAAAUGAUUUACUUUUUGGGUUGCAGGGCUCACAUGGAGCUGAAUGGGAUGAGAACAAGGAGCAGUUGCACAAACGAAGCAAGCGGCGCACCGAUGAGGAUCAUCUGUCAACGGGCUGCCUGAAAAUGCCGAACAGGCGGGGCCAGAGUAUUGAGCUUUGUGUUGCGCCUCGUGGGCGUGGUCGGGGUGGGUUGUCAAUAUUUCUGAUGGGAACGGUGGCAGUGGCGGGCGGUGCGUUUGGAGCCGGCGGUGGAACCCGUGUCUUUGUGGGCACUCGAGUGCUCUUUGGCAAGGCGUGUUGUUGGAGAUGGUCAGCUAGUUGUUUGGCUUGUCUGGAUCCAGAGUAACUUUGUGGCGUUUGUCAGUUGGGAAGCUGCUUUGUGGGCGACAGUGUAGGCAGGGUUGGAGGAAGGGCUCUGUCAUACCAUCAAGGAAAAACAUUUUGUCUGUGUUUCAGGGUCGCGCAGGCACCGGACCGCAUGAGGGGGGUCGCAAGAGGAUCUCGGACCAGGUGAAACAGCAGAGCCAUCGAACUCGCAGCCUUCCUGUCCAGUUGAAUCCCGGAUGGUCAGCGUGGUGCCGCUGCGGCGGGAUGUGCCCAUCGGCGACAACCUACGACACGGCAUUUCGGCGGUUUUAUCCUCGGCCGUCGAGUGGGUGGUCAUCUGAGUGCUGUACCUGAGACGGACGAACGGCCCAAGGUCCUGACGAAGAGGCUGAUGGGGCGCUUCCGGGGCUCUCUACUCAGAUUCCCACUGACGCAGCCG